UGCCCACUGGGUCCUCCUCUCUUCUAGGCGGCCGGCCGGCAUUGCUCCCAAGCGGGGGGGGGGCGUCCUCGCCCUCCUUCCUUCCUCCUCUCCCGCCGCCUCCAGCCCAGCUUUCCUGCCCCCGGUGGUCCGGGAGGAACGGAACAGUCGUUGCACAGGAAGUCGCGGCGGCGGCUGCUGCUGAGCGCACACACACGCACACACACACAAAAAGACACAACAGCCGGGCGGCUGCACGCUUCGUCGUCGCGCACGCCCCGCCAGGGAGCAGCAGCCGCCGCUGCCUCUACCAUCCUCGGGGGCGAAAGGACGCCCCUCGCCUCCGAGCCGGGCAACCUCAGGGCUUUUCCCUCGUCCCGCCUUCGCGGAGCAGCAGCAGCAGCAGCAGCAGCUUUGGCCGGCGUCGCCGCAGGAAGAGAGGCGUCGGCGUCCCCCCCCCUCCCUUCCCAAUUGCGGUAGCUGCUGGUGCUGAGGGAAAGUAGUGCCGCUGCUGCUGCCGCCGCUGCUCCUAAAAGGAGGGGGGGAGGAAGAGGAGGAGGCUGGCUGGCUGGCUGCGGCCGUCGCGGUGGGAGCGGAGCCGCUUUGGUGCCUUGCCUCGCGGCUGGAGCGCGCGCGGCCACGGGGCUGAAGAGGUCCCUUCUCGGGAGGAGGCAGAGGCUGCAGGAGGAGUGCACUGUAUUUGAAGUUUCCAUCUGCAUCAGUUACCUGUGCAAUGGCAGCCUUGUAGUAUAUGGCACCAGUGCUGCAACAGACACACUGCUGGGGACGGUUAUUCUGAGUGAAGGACCUUGCAAGCGCUCCUAAUUGGUUAUCAUGGGCUUAAUUGCAUUUCUGAAGACCCAGUUUAUAGUUCAUCUCCUGAUUGGGUUUGUCUUUGUCGUGAGUGGGCUCAUCAUUAACUUCAUCCAGCUAUGCACGCUAAUCCUCUGGCCUAUAAACAAGCAGUUUUAUCGAAGAGUAAACUGUCGCCUUUCCUAUUCAUUGUGGAGCCAGUUAGUGAUGUUGCUGGAGUGGUGGUCUGGUACAGAAUGUACAUUAUUCUCAGAUCAGGCCACAGUUGAUAAGUUUGGAAAAGAACAUGUCAUCAUCAUCCUGAACCACAACUUUGAAAUAGAUUUUCUGUGUGGCUGGACCAUGACAGAGCGCUUUGGUGUAUUAGGGAGUUCAAAAGUUCUUGCUAAAAAAGAACUGCUAUAUGUACCUCUAAUUGGCUGGACAUGGUAUUUCCUGGAGAUUGUUUUCUGCAAAAGAAAAUGGGAGGAAGACAGAGACACAGUUGUUGAAGGGUUAAAACGACUGUCUGAUUAUCCUGAAUAUAUGUGGUUUCUCUUGUAUUGUGAAGGAACUCGUUUUACAGAGACCAAGCAUCGUAUCAGCAUGGAGGUGGCAGAAUCCAAGGGGUUACCUAAACUCAAAUAUCACCUGUUGCCCAGAACCAGAGGUUUCACUACUGCUGUCCAGUGUCUCAGGGGAACAGUUUCAGCAGUGUAUGAUGUAACGUUAAACUUCAGAGGAAACAAGAACCCAUCCCUACUAGGGAUCCUUUAUGGGAAGAAAUACGAAGCAGAUAUGUGUGUCAGGCGGUUUCCUCUAGAAGAUAUUCCUUUAGAUGAAAAAGAAGCAGCAAAGUGGCUUCAUAAACUUUAUCAGGAAAAGGGUUUAAAUGAUGUGAACUCAAGCUUACGCAUCCUGAGGUUGGGAAUCCUUUUUUUCCCUCUCUUCAAGGAUGCUUUACAAGAGAAGUAUAAUCAAGAGGGCACCUUUCCUGGGCAACAAUUCAAACCUCCCAGAAGACCAUGGACUCUCCUCAACUUUUUCUUCUGGGCAACCAUUUUACUCUCUCCUCUUUUCAAAUUUGGUUUUGGAAUUUUUGCAAGUGGAUCCCCUCUUCUGAUUCUUGCAUUCCUGGGCUUUGUUGGAGCAGCUUCCUUUGGAGUUCGUAGACUGAUAGGAGUGACUGAGAUAGAAAAGGGCUCCAGCUAUGGCAAUCAAGAAUUCAAGAAAAAGAAAUAAUUUUACAGAUGCAAUUCUGAACAUAUAACAAGACUAUGGUAUCAAAUUAACUUUGCUGAAAGAAAGACACUUAGAAAACUUAUCUUUUUUUUUCUUAUUAACUGAUAACUAAUAAUACUUGAGCCAAGACUGAAAAAAUUGGAACAUUUAAGAGAAGAGGAAAGGACUGACUGCUUACCUUCCUAAGGAUACCUGUAUUCGUAGUUUUUGGAGAAAAAUCUGGGCGAAUUUUUCCCCCUCGAAGGUGGGUGGGAGGAGGUAAUGUGUGGAGCUGUGUGCAUCUUCACGUUAUUUGUUUUUCAAUAACUGGUUUGUCUUUCAAGAAUACAAGACCUGCUUUGCAAGAGGAUCUUAUUGUUUCUUCUUGCUAAAACUGUUUUAACCUUUUCUUAUUUUUAGCAUCUUUUUCUUUGAAAAACAAAACACCAGGCAGCAUGCAUUGCAGCAAAAUGCAAUAUUCAGUUAAUUUUACAGCUGUUUCUUGGGAGAGGAACCUACUUGGAAAAGCUACUUCAUCUUUUCAAAUCAUUAUAAUUUUAUUUUAAUAUUAACUAACCUGCAAAAAAAAGACAUUUUGAUGGCAGCAGUACCUUACUGAUAAGCACAUACUUUCAAAUAGACAUUACCAGAAUGAAUUCCAUUCCAAGCACACACAAACACACACUUCUCCCUUGUGUUGUUCCAGUUAUAAAUGGAAUAUGCUUAGCUCAAUUUCAUACAUAGAUAUUGAACUCGGUAUUUCUUUUCUUAAAAAAAAAUCUCUGAUAACGAUCAAAUUUGGAGCUGUGUGACUAAGACUGUUCAGUUUCCUAGUUUUUUUCAGGUCUAUUCUGUUCAGAAGUCUCAUUCCUCAUGGAUUUCUUUUGAAAAACAGCAUACACCAACACAAUAAGAGAGGGUAGGCAAAAAUGGAAUGUUGAUAAUGUGGAUUAUUGUUUACUCCCAUGCUGGUGGGAGGUUGUGGUUUGGUGGUUUUGAGAAUUGUAGUCCAAAAAAAGUAGAUGUUAUUUUUAUAGGAAUCUGGAGAGUAUCUUUUAUUUAGCAACUCUUAAACGCAGGAGACGUUUACGGCAAAUACGUGGUGUGUGGUGGUGGUGGGGAUUAUACCCCUGGAUUUGCAAUUUUAACCAAACUUACCCUGAAAGUACUUUCAUUUGAAAUUGGAACAACUUUAUUUUAAAUAAGCAGGCAGAGGGAGAAGGUAUUAUCUGCCUUAUGUUAUCAUAUUAGAUUUUCAUUUUGUAAAAAAAAAUUGCUUAAAAAAUCCUUUAACGUCUAUACAUUGGGUGGUAAAGACUCUUUUUUUCCUGCUGCAUUUUCAAGAUCCCAAUACAGUUUCUACCAUAUCUGGCUCUGGAGUAUAUUGAUAGAAACAGUGCAGCCCUCAUGUGACUUCGAUAUUUACUCACAGCAUAUACAGAGGCUGCUUCCCUCUGGAAAACUGUGUGUAGGUGAAACACACUUAUGUGUAUGUGUAACUCUCUAAGUGUCUCAGUGUAAGGGGUGUUCCAAGGAAAUAGUUAGCCACAAAGAAUGGAGGCUGCGUUGUGUCCUUAGUAGAGUUUUGCAGAUUGACUGGGGUUUUUUUUUUUGCAUAUAAUUAAAGGGGACCUGGGGGAGGGAUUUGUAGUUCCCAGGUAGUGACAUGUGUCUUCUUUCAGUGCUGGGAUCAAAUUUUGCCAUCAGUUCUGUACCACGAACAACAUGGAAUUAAUUUUUCUGAAUAGAUUUUAAAAAACAUGUCCCACCACUCCUGACAUUGCAAUAUUAACACACAUAUUGUUAUCUAAUAAUCUGAUAGUUUUAAAUAGGUUUUUAUUUAAAGAAUGAUUUAUUCCCCACUCAGAUUCACUUUUUUGAAAUAUUUUUGUUUGCAGCUUGCUACCCUAAAAUAUGGAGAAAUGCUUCAUGGGAAGUGCUUAUCCUUGCUUUCUUAUGCCAUGUGCAUAUGCUUAGGUUUUUCUCAAUGGGCAAGAUCCUAUUCAGGCUACACAGCGGAAGCUGAUGUUAUCAGCUGGUGCUGGUAACAUUUAAUUAAAAGCUUUGUGUACCUCAGUUAAAGUCAAAAAUUGCCGUUGGAUUGUGGUCAACAAUCCCAAUCCAGGUAACAAAGAUUUCAGCAAUUUUUGACCUUUAAAGUCUCCCCUCACAUGCCAAGGGUCCCAAAGGCUUCCCCAGGGCAAAAGGGAGCCCUGGGGAUCCUUGGAAUCUAAAAAUAGGGGAGACAUAGCUUUUAUGUAGUUAAUUAAACAUUCCCAGCACCAGUUGAUGACUUUACAGGAACAGGAUUUUAGCCAAUGAAAGAUUUAUUUCAACUUGUCUUAUGAGCUGUGAUCAAAAUAACUGAUAUGCAAGCAUGGUAGAGAGUGACAUUAAAGAGAAACAUCGGUAGUUGUUCUGCUGCACCAGUUUCUGUUGCUGAAGAAACAAGCCAUUUUCAAAUUGAAUAAUUCUUCAUCAGGGACAAUUACUGCAGCGAAAAAUGUGUUGUAUUUGUUGCUUUCCUGCAUGUGAAUAGUAGUACUUCAGAUCAUAGCCUAUAGUAACCAUGCAUUUUGCUGUGUUUUUCCCCCUUGGAGAAAAUUGCACAGGAAAAUCAAGUCCUGGAAUACACAAAUAAUGCUUCCAGAGAGGGAUAAAAUCCACCCUGACUGUAAGGGCAAGCAAUUCUUAUGAUUAACUUCAUUAGAAGUUGAACACACGCUUCUUGGAGAGAGGCAAAAUCCAGCCAUGACUGUAUUCUUUGCUCUGUAGAUAUUUUCCACUGUUUGCUUUGUUUUAAAUUGUUAGACAGCUAAACAGAAAAUGUGUUUUCUAAUUAGAAAAUGAAAACAGACAUGAUUUUUAAACAAAUUACAUAAGUAACCUUUGCUUGUUUGAAUUCAUUUUCUUCUUCAAAAGAUGCUGUAUAAUUGAUUUCUGAAGAUAAUGUUAAAUGUAUUUUAACUGCAGUCAACAACAAAAGCAAAGUGCUACAACUACGUGUGAGCAAGGAGUUUAAUACUGGCAGAGAAGCCCUGAAAGUUCAACGUAAUUAAGGGGAGCAGGUCCCAUUGUGGGGUCACACGUGCAGAGGUUCCAAACAAGAAGAGAAUGUGCAUAUGUAUCUUUUAAAAAGUAGUUGUCCAGUUUCAGCAUAGUACAGUUGACUCCUGCUUGAAGGUAGUGGGAGUAGUGCAUGUACCUUAUGGGGAGAAAAUUCAGAUUUUUUUCUCUUUAGUUUUAUUUUCAUAUCAUGGCAUAUUGAUCAUCCUUUGCUUUGAAAACAUAGUGAAGAGCACACAUUGAUUUGUUUGCCAUUCUAGAAAGACAUAUCCAUUUUGAAAACCGAAAUGUAGAACAUUGCACAAAUUACUACAUGACAGCUCAUCUUUUUGGCUUGAACUAUGAUUUGUCUCUUCAAAUAGGUUUUUAUUUUUUAAAUUAAAUAUGCAAACUAUGUACGAAAGAACAUUAAUGGAAAUGGCAGUGUGUGUCAUAAAGAAUAUCAACUGGAACAGUGAGUAUAGAUUUUAUACCUUACACUAUUUUCUUCUGGUUUAAUAGAAUAUAGCUUGUAUAUUUGACUACCAAGCCCUUUGAGAGCAAUAAUAAACAAAAUAUAUCAUUA